AUUCUAAUUCGCCGAACGCUAGACGAUAAAUAUACUUCAACUUCAAUUAGAAACAUAUUACAACGUAUAUAACACAUUGUAACCUAUUACAACAAGUUGCAUAAUUUAUUUUUGUCAAGCACUAUAACAUGAUAUCUUUACAAAGAUGCUACUUUAAAAAGUUUACUCAGCUUGCUCCUUCAUGUAUUCGUAGUUUUCACUUCACAAUUGAAGGCAGCAGAACAGGUGACAAAAUAACCAAGGGGGAAUUAAGUCGCCAAUAUCCAGUGGUUGAUCAUACAUAUGAUUGUGUAGUUGUUGGAGCUGGUGGAGCAGGUUUAAGAGCUGCUUUUGGACUUGCAAAUGCUGGCUUUAAAACAGCUUGUGUUACAAAACUUUUUCCAACUCGUUCACACACAGUUGCAGCACAGGGUGGUAUUAAUGCUGCACUAGGAAAUAUGGAAAAAGAUGAUUGGAGGUGGCAUAUGUAUGACACAGUGAAAGGCUCAGAUUGGUUGGGUGAUCAAGAUGCAAUUCACUACAUGACUAGAGAAGCACCUGCAGCUGUUUAUGAGCUUGAAAAUUAUGGAAUGCCUUUCAGCAGAACAGAAGAAGGAAGAAUUUAUCAACGUGCUUUUGGCGGCCAGAGUCUUAACUAUGGUAAAAAUGGCCAAGCGCAUAGAUGUUGUGCUGUUGCUGAUCGAACUGGUCAUUCACUACUUCAUACUCUUUAUGGACAGUCAUUGCGAUACGAUUGUAACUACUUUAUAGAAUACUUUGCAUUGGAUUUGUUGAUGGAUAAAGGAAAAUGUGUUGGGAUAAUUGCAUUAAAUCUUGAAGAUGGAUCUUUGCAUAGGAUUAAAGCAAAAAAUACCGUCCUUGCAACCGGUGGUUCUGGAAGAACGUAUUUCUCAUGUACUUCAGCCCAUACAUGCACAGGAGAUGGCACUGCUAUGGUUACAAGAGCUGGUCUUGCAAAUGAAGAUUUAGAGUUCAUUCAGUUUCAUCCUACUGGUAUUUAUGGAGCUGGUUGUCUCAUCACAGAAGGUUGUAGAGGAGAAGGAGGCUACUUGAUUAAUAGCGAGGGUGAACGCUUUAUGGAAAGAUAUGCUCCUACUGCAAAGGAUCUUGCCUCAAGAGAUGUUGUUUCUCGAUCGAUGACAAUUGAGAUGAGAGAAGGGCGUGGAUGUGGACCUGAAAAAGAUCAUGUAUAUUUACAAUUGUCUCAUCUUCCCCAAGAGAUACUUAAAUCUCGUCUUCCUGGAAUUUCUGAGACAGCCAUGAUAUUUGCUGGUGUUGAUGUAACUCGUGAUCCUAUACCUGUUCUUCCAACUUGCCAUUACAAUAUGGGUGGAAUACCAACCAACUUUAACGGACAGGUAAUACAACAUCAUAAUGGUAAAGAUGUUAUUGUGGAAGGUUUGUAUGCUGCAGGUGAAGCUGCUUGUGCUUCAGUUCAUGGUGCUAACCGUCUGGGAGCUAAUUCUUUGCUCGAUUUAGUCAUAUUUGGUCGUGCUUGUGCCUUAGAUAUUGCUGCCAAAAAUAAGCCUGGAGACAGCAUUCCUGAUUUACCCAGUGAUAUUGGUGAAGUAUCUGUGGCCAAUCUUGAUAAGGUUCGGUUUGCCAAUGGACACACACCAACUGCAAAUUUGAGAUUAAAGAUGCAAAAGAUUAUGCAAGGACAUGCAGCUGUAUUCAGGACUGGUGCUGUCUUGGCAGAAGGAGUGUCAAAGAUUUAUCAGGCUUAUGAUGAGUUGAAGGAUCUUAAGCUUUAUGACCGUGGUAUGAUAUGGAAUACAGAUCUUGUUGAAGCUCUGGAACUUCAAAAUUUAAUGUUAAACUCCUGUCAAGCAAUGGUGUCUGCAGAAGCCAGAAAAGAAAGUCGUGGAGCGCAUGCUAGAGAAGAUUACAAGAUGCGUAUAGAUGAAUUUGACUACAGCAAACCUUUAGAAGGUCAGAAAAAGAAACCUUUGAACGAGCAUUGGCGUAAACACACAUUGUCAUAUCAAAAUAUAGAGACGGGAAAGGUAUCUCUUGACUAUCGACCUGUUAUUGAUGCCACUUUAGAUGAAGUAGAGUGUGCAAUGGUACCCCCUGCCAUCAGAUCUUAUUAGAUUUAGAUAACACAUUAAAAUUUGAGUAAUAUAGUAAGAAUCUGCGGGGUUUUUUUAUAAAUCUUUUGAGGUUGAUAAUUAAAAAAAAAAAAAAAUUAUAUACCUCAUUUUUUUUUAUUUUUGUAAUUAUGUUAGUGACGUUGUCGUUUUAAUUCCGUUAGUGGCGUUAUCGUAGUAGCAGUUAUAUAUUUAUUUUAAAAUGUUUGUAUAAAAAAUAAAAUUAUAGAUUAAAGAAAA